AUGUUCCAAACAGCACUGGAACCGCGCCUGGCACUGGGGCACCUACCCGAGGCAGCAGGUGGCACUGGAGGCACCUACCCGAGGCAGCAGGUGGCACUGGAGGCACCUACCCGAGGUAGCAGGUGGCACUGGACGCACCUCCCCGAGGCAGCAGGUGGCACUGGAGGCACCUACCCGAGGCAGCAGGUGGCACUGGGGCACCUACCCGAGGCAGCAGGUGGCACUGGGGCACCUACCCGAGGCAGCAGGUGGCACUGGGGCACCUACCCGAGGCAGCAGGUGGCACUGGAGCACCUACCCGAGGCAGCAGGUGGCACUGGAGCACCUACCCGAGGCAGCAGGUGGCACAGGACGCACCUACCCGAGGCAGCAGGUGGCACUGGAGGCACCUACCCGAGGCAGCAGGUGGCACUGGAGGCACCUACCCGAGGUAGCAGGUGGCACUGGACGCACCUACCCGAGGCAGCAGGUGGCACUGGAGGCACCUACCCGAGGCAGCAGGUGGCACUGGAGGCACCUACCCCAGGCAGCAGGUGGCACUGGGGCACCUACCCGAGGCAGCAGGUGGCACUGGGGCACCUACCCGAGGCAGCAGGUGGCACUGGAGCACCUACCCGAGGCAGCAGGUGGCACUGGAGGCACCUACCCGAGGCAGCAGGUGGCACUGGAGGCACCUACCCAAGGCAGCAGGUGGCACUGGGGCACCUACCCGAGGCAGCAGGUGGCACUGGGGCACCUACCCGAGGCAGCAGGUGGCACUGCGGCACCUACCCGAGGCAGCAGGUGACACAGGACGCACCUACCCGAGGUAGCAGGUGGCACUGGGGCACCUGCCCGAGGUAG